UUCUAGAUUGUUUUCGUCAUGGGGUUCUAGCGAGGUAAAAAAGCACGCAAGAGUACCGUGCUGAGCUCAUCUUGCGAUUUGUGAUUCAUCUGUUCUUGCUUCCGAUGGCGGAACUCUGCGCGAAGAGACCGAGUAGUUGAAUUGUGAUGUUUUGUGAGGGCAAUAACGAGAAUGCCAAUACAGGCACCACAGUGGACUGAAUUUCUUUCUUGUCCAGUUUGCUGUCAUGACUUCGAUGUGGCCAUACGUGGCCCAAUAUCCUUAGGAUGUGGUCAUACCAUAUGUCGUACGUGCCUUGCAAACUUACAUCGUAAACAAUGUCCCUUUGAUCAGAGUAUUAUUAAUACGGAGAUAGAAAGAUUACCAGUAAAUGAAGCUCUAUUGCAGUUAGUGGGAAAUUCUGUUCCAACGAAUGUCACAACAGCUUAUCAAAAACUGCUACCACCUGAAGACCAUGCGAAUUAUUUGGUUGCUAAACGUUGCAUUGAGGAACUUGCUUUAUAUCUCAAACCAUGUCAGGCAAAUCCUUCUUUAGCUACAGGUGCGGGUCUUGUUUCUCGACCUAUGCAAAGGAAGUUGGUAACUUUAGUUGGUUGUCAAUUGGUCGAGCCGGAAGGAAGAGCACGUGCGGUAAGGGCAGCUAGAAGUUUAGGGGAAAGAUCGGUUACGGAACUAAUAUUGCAACAUCAAAAUCCACAACAACUUAAUGCCAAUCUAUGGGCCGCUGUAAGAGCUCGUGGAUGUCAAUUUCUUGGACCAGCAAUGCAAGAAGAAGUCCUAAAACUUGUUUUAUUGGCUUUGGAAGAUGGAUCUGCUCUUUCUAGGAAAGUGUUAGUUAUGUUUGUAGUUCAACGUCUAGAGUCGCAUUUUCCGCAAGCUUCUAAAACCAGUAUAGGACACGUUGUACAAUUGUUAUACAGAGCAAGUUGUUUCAAGGUAUCUAAACGAGAAGGAGAUUCCUCAUUGAUGCAAUUAAAGGAGGAAUUUAGAACGUACGAAGCGUUAAGAAGGGAGCAUGAUGCUCAAAUAGUGCAAAUUGCAACUGAAGCUGGUUUAAGAAUAGCACCUGAUCAAUGGUCUGCAUUAUUGUAUGGAGAUACAAGCCAUAAAUCUCACAUGCAAAGUAUUAUAGAUAAACUUCAAACUCCACAAUCUUUUGCUCAAAGUGUACAAGAGUUAGUUAUCGCUCUUCAACGUACUCCUGAUCCUGGACAAUUAAGUAGUUUAAGACCUCAGUUAGAAUUGCUAGCUGCAAUAGAUCCUAGCCCAGAAACUGAACCUCCUACGUUAGCAGAGUGUCGAGCAGCAUUAGAAGCUGUUAGAACCGUAGUCACAGCAUUAGUAGAAUUCAUUCAACAACAUGGUAGUCGGAAAACACAAGAUGGUACUCACAAUGUAGGUCCUGGUCAACCGAAAUAUAAAGUGAGCAUGUGUCGAGAUCUUGCACUUAGAGGGUCUUGUCCUAGGUCUACUAAUUGUACAUUUGCGCAUAGUGAUAUGGAACUAGAUAAAUAUAGAUCGAAAAGUCGGAAAUUAAGUCUCAGAUCAAGUUUACCUGGAUCCAAUAACUCGGAUGUGAAAACAGACAAAUCGAUUACAGGAUCUAACAAGACAUUCAAACAGAACGAUGAUUCAUCCUAUCAUUCUAUAAAGUCGCAUGAUAAUACUCACAGAGAAAACUUCAAUUCUAUGAACAAAGUUAAUCCAAUGCAACAUCAUAAUCCAACAAAUGAAAACAAUUUUAUCGGGUCAUUAACGAAUUAUAUGUUACCGUCACCUCAAGGAAUGUUACCUAUAGUACCGACGAAAAAUAUGGACGUACAUUGCUCUCAUUACAUUAUGCCUAAUACACCUAUCGAUUAUACGGCACCUAAUGUCAGUAUCUGGGAUUCGUCGCAGAUUUCAUCUAAUAUGACAAAUGGAAUAUCUAAUACUAAAAAGCAGCGGACCGUUGCUAAAACAUUAGCAAUGUUACUACAACGUAGGAUGGAAAUAUUAAAUCAACUUGAAACGAUUGUUAAUAAACAAGUGCCACAAAUGAAAACAAAUUAUGAGAUGCAGGGAGAUACAUUGUCAUCGAAUUUCUCUAUAUGGACAAACGCGCCAAAUAAUCCAAUGGUUUCUUCGACAAAUAUAAACUGUAACAAUAAUUUCCGAUGCGCAGAUCCCAUUCUAUUUGAUGAUGAAUUUGUACCAUUUGAUGCAUCAUCUAAUAGUAAAUAUGGACCAAUUUCUAAACUAUCUAAAAACUUAAUCAGAUCUUCUAAUGGCGUACAAUCUACUAAUUUUUAUGCGGAUGGUGGAGCACCUCCUACAAUAUCUGCUUAUCGACCUGUGUCAACUACAAAUUCUGUCACUUCUUGGUAUUAUGGUAAUCAACCUUAUGCUACUGUCGGUGCAAAUGGAGGAAUACAGUCUAUUAAUAAUAGUAGUUUCGGAGAUAAUUACAUUACAUUUGGUCGUAAUAUAUCCGAUACGUCAACGCACACUCAAUUUCCACGACCAGACUGCAUGUCUAAAGACUUAAUCCUUGAAUCACAAAAGGUAAAACAACAAUUAAAACAUCUUGAGAAAAAAAUCAAUGACUUAAAGCUUGCUACACAAGGAGCGACUUUUACGGCGGGAGAAAGGUUAGCACAAGAAUUACAAAUGAUUGAAGCUGGUAUCAGGGAAAAAGAAAAAGACGUACGAAAUUGGAGUCCAUAUGGUACCGUACCUUGGAUUCAAUCAUCGAACAAUUUACUUAGUUCUCAAAGUUUCCAUCAGAAUUAUAAGCCCGAAGAAGAAGAUACAUAUGAAGCAGGUAUUGCAAAUGAUAUGCGGGAAUUAGAAUUACGAUGGGAAUUUGAACUACAAGAACAGGAGAAACAUUGGUCAAACGAAGAAGAUAAUUCUAAAAAAUAAUAGUAAGAUAGUGGGUCUUACUACGUUGUUUACUUUUUAGAUCUGACCAUUAUUUGCUGGAACAUGUUUUUUUAACAUGUGCAAAUGAUUUUUUGUGCAAACUUCUAUGCAUCAGCAUGUUCAAAUUUUUCAAAAAAAGAAAAAAACAAAAACAACAAAAAAAAACAAAAAAAGAAAUGACUGAAAGUAAGUGAAAUUUCUACUGUUUGCAUAUAAGAACAUUUUGACGGUCUUGUAGAAUAAAAUCAAAAGAGAACAACACACAAUAUUUCAAACACUAUUGAAUGAAUAGAUAGAAAACUUUAUCAUCCCUACUUUAACUAACGUAAAAAAUUUUCCUAUUGGUACAGCAUAAUAUAAAGUGACUUUACUACUUUCUCACGUACUGUGUCUUUAAAACAUCUGUAUAUGUAAUAUUAAUUCUUUAACUACGGGAAUACAUUUGUUCCUGAGAUUGUCAACGUGAUGAUAAAUCUAGUUGUAAAUAAUAUAAGAUUUUAAAGAAAUCUUCACGACGAUGUAGUAAUUAACAUUUAGUUAUGCAGGAAGUCGCAUCGUUUUAAUUUUUUACUAGCUACAGUAGGGAGUCUAUCAUAAAGAAAAAUCAAUGUAAGAAGUGAGAGUUAGCUGCCGCAUUGAAAUUACAUUUAUAGAACCGGUGAAGGGUUGAUCGAUGUUCCGUUAUGAAUAUCAUAACGGGGACAUUCAUUGACAAAAACAAAUUAAACAAACGAGAGCAGAUUUGUUAAAAUUUAACAGAAAUUAAUGUCAGUGUUUUAUAAACAUGACAGGAUGUAGUAUAUUUUGUUUAUAUGUUUGCACAAUGAAGCAAAGAAUAUUAUAUUAUUGAUACAUUCGGAAAGAAUGCUAUUUAACCUGCAACAAGGUUACACGAUAAAAAUAUACGGAUACAUAUAGGUGUUAUGCAUACAUAAAAUUAACAUAUUCUGUUAAAAUUUUGCAUAAUUAAGAUAUAUAUUGCUUCUAAUAUAAAUAUAUAUAUCUUAAUUAUAUAUAUAAAUAAAUAUAUAUACAUAACAAUUGAUUUUUAGCUGAUAAACAAAAUUUUUUUAAAUACUUAGCUUUCUUACUAUACUUCCUUUUACGAUUCAUGUUUUCAGAUUUGAAAAUAUGUUUCUAAAUAAAAUACAGUAACCUGUAACAUCUUAUCAUAGUUUGAUGUUAAUUUUGAUUCUAAGUGUAUCUUAAGAUACAGAUUUGAAUUUCUCUUUUUCUUUUUUGAAUAACCAUUUACAAGUGGUUUUCAAAUUAAUACAAUUCGUUAAUGAGAAAGUUAAUAUAUCGAUGAGAUUAUGAGGAAAAAUUGGGAAAUUCAUUUUUCUUGUGAUCAUUAACUUUUUCUUGUAAAAUCAAAAAGAUUAUUUUCUUGUUCUAUUUUUUCUUGAUCAAUAUUAAGAAUCCUAUUUCACGUUUUAAGUACAAAGUGUUACAAUUUCAAAUACUUAAAAAAUUCAAAAAAAAAAAAAAAGAAAAAAUGUAAAACGAGGAAAAUUUAAUAUGUAUAAAAUUUUCCUUUAUUUGACAAUAUGUAGUGGAAAAUUAACUAUAGAUUCCAUUUGUGCCUGGUAAAAGAAACAUUGCAUUUUAUUUUAUUUGCUGUGACUAAUUGAUUUAUUUCAGACAGGUUUUCGAAGUAUGGUAUUUGAUGUAGCGAUUAAUAUGACAGAAGAUGUAAAAAAUUUUAUGAUCUUUUAAUUUCUUUGGUUUCUUUUCCUAUUUUCUAAAUUUAUGUUUGUAAAGUGGAACAGAGUUUGAAAGCCACUAGUUACUACAGAAUAAUGUAAAGAGACUGUUAUGCGAGCUGCAGCUCUCACAUUUGUAAACACAUGUUCGAUUUACGGACUUAUAAGAAACAGGAACAGUCACAUUGGCUUCCUCGUAAUUAUUAUUUUAAUUUCUUCUGCUUACGAAUUAAAGUAUGUAAUAUUAGCAUACUGCUCUUUUCUCUGCAUUAAAAAACAAAACAAAAAAAAAAGAAAGAUAAAGUUAAUAUUUUUCACAGCAAAAUAUGAAUGAGAUUUUAUUUUAUGGAUGACAAAUUUAUAUUCUUGAUAUAGCUAUUUUUUGCAUUUGAUACAACAUCUGUUAAUCGAAAGGUUUUUGUCUUUUUUUUUUUUUGUUAAAAAAGAAUCGACUCCCUUAAUAUUAACAAUGUUUUGUAUAUGUGAUAACAAAAUUUGAUCAAAACAAGUACAUUGAUCAAGUUGUAACUUCUUUUCAGUAUAGUGAUUUAUGCAUUACAAUAGUCGGGAUUCUUCUAUUUUUUAUGAAAUAAUGUGGUAUAGAUAUUCAUAAUUCCAGUUUUAGUGGAAGUGACAUAGACUUUUUAUGAAAUGUAGAGAUCGAAGGAAAGUUGAUCUAUUUUUUUUUUUCAUUGAAAAUAUUAUUUUACCUUGCUAUGCAAAACUAGAUAUGUUCAAGUAGAAUAUUAUUUCUUUCGAACUAAAAUGUGCCUUUUGAAUCGCAGCAACGUAUAAAAGACCAUGUGAAACAUUUUGUAUAAUUGCGCAUAUUGAUUUUCGAAUUCUUGCAAUAUACGGGAGGCACAUUACUUUUUGGAUCACGGAAAGAAAUGUAAUCUCAGAACAUAGCUAGUUUCUCACAAAAAAAAAAAAAAAAAAAAAAAUACGAAUAAUGGUGCAAUUUUAUUUGUUUUGUUAAUUUAUUGUUGCAAGUUUCCUCCGUUUGUCACAUAUAUCAUAAUAUAUGAAACAAUGUGUGUGAAGAAAAAUUAUAUGAAAAAUUAACUUUUUCUACUGCGGUAUAUAGAAUUACGUUUCUUUCCAUUCAAGCUACAUCCAUGCUACUUUUAAUUACAUGGAGUAAAUUUAAAAUUUUCAUAUGCAAAAACUUUUUAUAAGACGUGUAUUUCCAUUAUAGAUUCGAAAAUACCUAACAUGCAAAAUAUUAAACUGUUUUUUCUGUAUUGGAGGUAUCAUUGGUAUUAAUUAUGUUUAGAUUUGAAGUUAUAUUUAUAUAUGUUUGAAAGAUAUGUUAGAAACUUUAUUAUUUAUUUUGUUACUGGUUUCACAGAUGAAAUUAUGACAUCUUUAAAAGAAAAGUUUAUGUAGUACAAAUUUUUUUAUUAUGUCUGUGAAAACUUCAUUUGCAAUCAUUACACAUUUGCCGUAAGAUAAUAUUUCAACAUCGUAACAUAAAAUUAAACGAUUAAAGAAAAUGUGUGAUAAUAUUGCAGAAAGGAGCCAUCAUGUAACUUCUCAUCCUGAAUGCAACAAAUAAUAUACAAAAUCUAUACUUUUUACAUCAAAGUACUUGUUAAACGGAGAAUCUUUUCUACAUUGUAUAUUAUAUAGUUGUAGAAAUCAAAUUUCGUUGAUUUUAAGUCAGAUCUUUAAGCAUUCUCUAAAGUAGAGAUGUAUGUGAAAAGAUUAAAGGUUCUUUUCUGUAAAUGUGCACCAUUUUCACAGUUUGUUCAGACACAAAGUAUAUAUAUAUAUAUAUAUAUAUAUAUAUAUAUAUAUAUAUAUAUAUAUAUAUAUACACAUAUAUAAAAUCUUUUUAAAAUUAUUAUUACUUCCACAAAAGUUUUAAAUUGCCGUUUGAUAUUUCAUGUAAUUCCUUUACACAAAACAAUUGAAGUACUUUGAAAACCUUGAGUUGUUUAAAGGAAUUAUAAUCAACUAUCCAGCGACUAUCCGCUUUUUACAAAUGAUGUUGCCUUUCAAUUUCUUUUUCUUUCUUCUCUUAUUUUUUUGUUUUUAUUCGUAGUACGAGUCGUUAAAUAAAUAUAGAGAAUAAAAAGCGAAGAGGGCUGUGUACACUGGGAAGUAAUAAGCGCAACAAUACUGUUUGUGCAAGCUUCAGAUUAAUUGCAUGUUAAACAUGUCACUAUGUGUAUAAUAAUACACACGUACCUAUGUUAAUGGUAUGAAAGCCACAUACAAUCUAUAUUAACGUUCUUUGUUUGAACAUUAUGAAACAAUAAUAAUUAUAUACAUAUCGGUAUAUAAUGCAUAUAGUCAGCGAGCACUUGGCACUUAGCAGUACUAAUAGUACUUUUGUGACACUUACGUUAAAUUAAUUCCCCGAGUGUAAGAUUUCUUUUGUUACAUUAGUUGUAAACACAAUGGGCAAUGCGUGCAUGUGCAUUUCGGCAUUUUAUUACAAUUGGAGAUUACUUUGUCGGGGUAUCAUUUGCGUGAACUAAAGUAGAAAUUCUGUAGCGUUUAUUUUAUAUUGAAUUUACAUAAAAGGUGUUGAUAUACUUGAUAGCAUUACGUGCUGCCUAUUGUGUUUAACGUGACUGUUAGUCUGGCAUUUUUAAUGUAUUUUUCUAAAAUAAAUAACUAUGGAAAAAGUCGUAUUAUAAUAUACAUAUGUGAUACAAUCACAGUAAUAUUUACUACCCUGAUUUCGUUCUGAUCACUUCAAAAUGAAAUGAAUAAAAGUUAUAUUAUACCGUUUCGUGUCGUAUUGCUGCAUUUAUAUAGACAUAAAUCAUAGAUCCGAUUCGCCCCUUCUGUUGCGAGGUACUUUAAGAAACGCUUGAAAACAUCAAUUUUGAAUUUUUUUUUCCUUUUCAGUCAGUGUAAAUAUACAAGAACUUCGAACACGAAUAUUUCGAUAAUAGAGAAACACUUGUUUAAAUGUAUAACGCCGCAUUGAGGUGUUCUUCAAACAUUUUGUAUCGUGUAUGACAUUCAUAAAAGUUUGAUGUAUUUUCUAAAAAAAAGUGUACUGUAUAAGUGAGAGUGUAAUAUAUUUAUCUAUUCAACAUA